AUGGAAGAGGACGAUAUCUCCUUUCUCGAUGUCCCGGCUGACGCUGCGUCGACGUCGUACGAGAGACAGCUGUCGUCGCUUAAGACCUACCUAGAUUCCCUCCCAUAUGAAUGCGAAACUGUUGAACAGUUCCAAGAAAUCCUGGAGGAUAUCGUAGGAAAGAUAUGCAUUGCUGCAGAGGCGAAGCAUUGGAACAUGCUUACCCAGUGGGAUGGACUGCUUCAAUGCUGGUUGACUUUGCUUUAUCCAAUGCCGACGACGACGAGGGCGAAGCUCAUUCGAGUGUACUACGAACUGUGUAUUCUUCCUGGAGUCGACGCACGUUGCGUUCGCAGUUGGGCGGAUACGCUCUCUCGGCUUAUUGGAAGCAAGUAUAGAGGCUUGCGGAAGCUCGAGCCUUCCGACUUGGAGUUACCUUGGGAGCCACUGUGGGAGAUGGUGAAGAAAGAGCUGUGGCCUAAAUUGCCUGCUACCGAUGUCUCUCGAAACAUUGUCACUUUGCUGUUCUACGUGAUAGACAAGUGCAGGCCCUACUACCCUCCCAGCUCUGUCCCAGAGAUGCUCGACACGUUUCUGCCGAUGUUAACUCAAGAGAGCUUAUUGACCAUGAUCCCUGUAUUGACUUCUUUCCUCCCCCUCACCCAAAGUCGCCUGUACAUCCCUCCUCUGUUCAAGAUUUGGGAGGCGUUCAAUUCGUCCAUUGUGGAUGACCGCAUGCUCGAACUCUGUGGCGACCUCUCCGAAGAACAUGUCGCUGGUACUGCUGGGGAAGAUGGCGAAUACGCGGCUGAGUGGAAAGAUGUGGGUAUUUGGACGCAGUGGCAGUGGGAUUUACUGUCUGGGAAAUGUAUGGGCUCUACCAAUAUGCCGGUCGGACUUCUGGGGGGCCAACUCAACACGACCUCUGGCAUCGCGGACAGCAACAGCAAACACGAUGCCGUAGCGAAGAUUUUCGUAUAUUCGAUGAGAGUUGACGGUGAAGUCCGGGAUACGUCUGCAGAAGCUUCGAAGCAGACUGGCUACUUGGCUGGUUCCAAGGCGCUGAGUUCUCUCGAGAAGCUUAUCAACAGUUCGGAAAGCUACUUCCACCCGUCCAAUACAGGACCUUGGACUCUAAGUCUGACCUCGUUGAUUCAACGCCUGUGCGCGGAAUUUAUCACUCGGUACAACGAGCAAGAUACUCCAAACUGCAAAGUCCCAGAGUCCCAACGCCUGACUCCUCAAAUCCGCCGCGCAUUUGUGACACUUCUGAGAACCCCCGCACUGCUUUCGAUGUUCGCCAAAGACGCCGUCUCGGCCAGCUACGCCCAGGGUGCGCUGAGGACGUUGGCGAUGCUUGAACCCAAGCUUGUCAUGCCGGAGUUGCUUGACAGGGCAUACGGUGGUUUGGAGGUUGUCAACGAGACGCAUCGGACUACCGGCGUACUCAGUACGCUGUCCGGUGUUGCAAGGCCUCUGGUUACGAGUAACAUUUGGUUGGGAGGACAGAAGCACUUGGUUCCCUUGCUGGAUCUAUGCUUGCCUGGUAUCGAUCUGAACGAUCCGACGAAGACGAUCUACGCUUGCAUGUUCAUCGUCAACACUGUUCAACACAUCAAGGUCGGAGAUCUGUCUGCGCAUCAGGGCGGCGUCCCUUUCACUAGCGAUUUUGGAGAGGACAGGAUGGACGUUGACGAGCAUGUGGACCACCUCCCGGACGACCUUGGAGGCCCUGUUCUUAGUCGGGAAGAAGAGCAGUCGCUGACUCGUGAUAGCACCUCUGGCUUUGCUGACUGGGUCGUCUCACUCUUCCGACGAGUCUUCACUCUCUACGAGAACCUCCCCGAAGAAGGUGGCAAACGGAACGUCACAGGAGGACGUACGGAAGAGAGCGUCCUCAAACAUAUCAAGGGAAUGCUGGACAUGGUCUGCUUGCACCUUUCCGAACCUAUCUUCGACCUCGUCUUGAAACUCGUCUACGAGUAUGCGACAACGAACGCCAAGUCGAAUGCGGUCAGAGCGUUUGGCCAGUUGAUUUCGUCGAUGGCCAAGGCGAAUCCGGCGAAGGUCGUGGCUAGAUUCUUGCCCCAUUGUGCGGAGCAGAUUGAGGAAGAGCUGAGGCAUGGCGCGUCGAGUGUGAGGACGACGUCGACGCAUGCGGCUGUGCCAUCCGAUACCACAUUGCAUUGGAAUUUGGCCAUACUGCGAGGGUGCCUGGGGUAUGGAGCCAGUGCGCUCCUCGACUAUAAGCCUUUGAUUCUUCGACUGCUUUCGGUAGCAGUGGAAAAGACCAAGAGCGAGCGCGGGUACACGAGCACUGGUCGACUCAUCACCAGAAUCUUGACAACGCUGAGCUCCGUCUACCCAUUGAAUGGCCGAUUCGUGAACACCUCUGAAUGGGAACAGCCAGGCAAGUGCCUUUGGCUGCACUUUGACCGCUCCCACAACCAGCAUUGGGGUAAAUUGUAUGAACCGAAAGACGUUCAAAUCGAUUGGCAUGUGCCUUCGGCGGAAGAGAUCGACUUCGUACUUGAGAUCAUGGACACCAUCGAGAAGCCCAUGCUCGACAAAGUCGAGUCUCUCCUCGAGAACACUUCCAAGUGGGACCACGUUUCAAGGAACGAUUUCUGCAGGUUCCUCCAAGCGGCUCGAGCCGUCUGGAUAGGCCUUCCUACGAUCUACAGAAUCCAAGAACCCGAAGUCGUCCGACCACUGCUCCUACCCGAAUACGAAGUACCCGACAUGCUUGUUAAAGCGCUCAACGUUAACUGCGGUUUCGUGCUCACUGACCCCAGUGAUCCGCGAUACCAAAAGGUUGCUGCCUAUCGCGAGAGGUUCGGUCGCCUUCUCGUCAAAGCGUCGUCUAUCUUGCGUCAGAACAGCGGAGGAGAAGACCACAUCGAUGCUGUGAUCUAUGUUACUCGGUGCAUCGACACUUAUUUGGGGUCGUACGGUGUGAGCAAUAGCGAGUAUGAUGCGAUGCAGAAGAAUUACAAGCAAGCCCGCGAGUUGAACCGCUCGUGGUUACGCCAGAAGGAUAACUCGAGGUUGAUUUUUGUGAAGAGGGCGCACGUAUAUCAUAUGAGCCGGCUUCAUAUCCAGUCCAUGUUUAGAUAUAGGUCUGAGCUAGAUGACCAAUUACUGCUAGAAUUGGCCGAGCUGUCGCUUUUGCAGUAUACGAGGAUCAGAAGGCAGGCACAAGCGACUUUGAUUACUGCUACCAUGCGAUACGUCAGAUCCACAAGACUGAUUUUGCCGACAAUCUUCAAGGGCUUGACCCGUGGAAGCGAUGCUGACGCGAUCAAGGGUGCUCUGUAUGUCCUCUCGAGCAGAGGCAUUGCUGGGUACACAUUGUCAGACCUUGAAUACAACAAGACGUACCUCCUGUCGAUCCUCGAGUGUCAGCAUGAAGAGAAGCCUUCAAUCCAGAAGCUUGUCUCAUCGGUGGCGAGCGAUACGCUAUCGCUAGUUAACGAAGACCAUACGCACACAGCUGCCUAUCGCUUGAAGACACCGCGCCUCGAUGCCGCCAUUGCAGAUCUUCGUCCAGAAUUCUCGGAUUCGUUCCCCGACCAGCGCCUGGCAACUGUGGUGCUCGAGAAAAACAAGGCUCGGGUUGAACGAAGGCUGCAGCUUUCAGAGGAGAUCAUCUUAGAUGUCUUGGAGGUCGCGAAGAGAUCGACAACACAUUGGCGCUAUUCCCAAAUCGCGCUGCAAUUCCUGUCGAACUUGAUCUGGAGAGAGGUUCUAGUCUCACCCGAGUUGGCUAAGUUCGUAGCCGAGCAGACGGUUAGCCCGCAGCAAACGAUACGUUCGCAUGCGCAGAGGACAGCGGCACUUCUCCUUUACCACGUCAAGAUACGGACUUACUCGAAAACGAGGGAAGAUCGAUGGGCGGAAAAGUGGGCAAGUCCAUGGAAAACCCAGGUUCCUGUGAAUGACCCGGCGACCUUCCUCGACGAGUAUCACAGAGGGAUUCAACAGUCGACUGGCAACAUUUACAUCGACAAGUUCGCCACUGGAUUCUUGUCAUGGGCGCCUAAAGUCAAUGCCUAUCACUCCCCGGACAGUGUUUCCGCUGUCCAGUGGGAAGAGGCCUCUUUGCCAAUGAUGCACGCCUUCCACAGCGUUGUCGGUGGGCCAGACUAUGUCAAACGGAUUGCCACCCUCUGGGGGCAGGAAUCGGAUAAGAAUGUCGCGAGCUUGGAUCUCAGGAUGGAGAACGUGGUCUACCUCAAGCUUCUAUCUAAGUUCUACGGAGAUGCCUUAUUGCCUAAAGUGCUAGAAGAGGCAGAUUCGUUGGUCGUAGAUGCCGAUAAAUUCAAGCAACGAGCUGGUGCCGAGUUUGUUCUGUCGGUUCUUAGAGGGUCGAAGCAUUGGCCUACAAAAAGCUCCGCGCCCCUCUGGAAGUGGCUAGAAGGAAAGCUAGAUGCUAUCUUCGCGCAAAUCAAACCAGAUACGCUUUCUCUCUGGGAACAAGUCAUCCAUUCUCAAUUAACGUUCCGCGACCCUAGAAGAAACAAGGUCCUGGUCGAUUGGAUCAGAAGAAUACCAUUGGAGUUCAGCGGCUCCUCUGCGUUUGAUAUGACCAAGUCCUUGACCAUGUUCGGGGCGCUCCUUGCGACCACUGCGUUUAUGGAACGGUCUCAAGGGAAGAAAUAUAUCGACCUAUUCUUCAACAAUAUUAGCACGGAUUAUGCAGAGUUACGGCAACAUCUCUGCAAUCAUUUGUAUUUGCUUAUGCGGAACCUGUGGCAGCCGUGGCAUGCUUCGACGGAAGCUUUCGUGAGCGCUUGCACCGAAUCCAACGAUGCCCUGCAAGUUCGGAGGGCCAUUUACAUGGACCAUAUCUCCGAAAUAAUAUCGAACCUGCCGAAAUGGAGAGAGGAGAGGCUGCCUCCUCCGAGGGUGAACCAAUCGCAGUACGACAAGGUGGGACUGACCGUACUACAAUGGAUUUGGAUAUCGGCAUACGGAGCCCCCGCACAUUUGGUGAUCCCUUAUGUCGUUCCUCUGCUACCUGAAAUUCUUCGGAUGUCAGAGCUGAGUGACAACACCGAUCUGCAAGCGUACAGUUCUGGUGUCCUCUAUGUUCUGUCGGCGUUGACUCCGUUGUCCGACUAUGUCAACCCUAUCCUUGACCAAUUCGUCACUUCCAUCGAGUCGUCGCCGUCAUGGCGUACGCGCUUGCACGGCCUGCCCGCGGUGGCCAUAUUCUUCUUCAGGAAUUUGUUGACCCUGUCACAGUCGCAAAUGGACAGGGUGCUAAGAGUGCUUUUGGACUGCCUCUCGAAUGAGAACGUCGAAGUUCGGGACAUGGCUGCGAAAGUGCUUUCGAGUGUGGUCCGAACAUCGCAGCGUCAAAGCAUUAUUCCACUCAAGAAUCGAUUCACGGCUUUGGCCAGGAAAACCACGCUUCCGGCGAGAAAACAUCCUGAAUACGCGACACGGUUACGCACACUUCACUCUGCUAUCCUUGGGUUGUGUGCUCUCCUUGAAAGCUUCCCUUACUCGGUCGAGCCCUGGAUGCCACCUCUCACUGAGGUUCUGGCUCCCCACGCAACCGACCCACCUCCGAUUUCCACCACCAUUCGAAAGUGUGCAUCGGAAUUCAAAAAGACGCAUCAGGAUACCUGGCACAAAGAUCAACACCUGUUCGACGAGGAUCAACUGCAGAGUCUAUCCACAAUGGUGGUUGGGACCUCAUAUUAUGCUUGAGACGUGUUUAUAUUCCCUUUUCUGCUAAUUUAUUGACUGUUGGG